AUGCAUCUACCCAGCCUCCCGCUGUCACUGCUCGCGCUGCUGCCCGUCGCGUAUUCAACGCAGAUCACCUUCCAGACAAACGCUACCGUUCUAUCGACGAACAUCAUUGAUGCACUCUCCGCGGAUCCAGACUACACAUCGUUGCUGGGCUUGUUGCAGCUUGCCAAGCUCAUCCCAACGCUGAACGAGCUGACUGCCACGACUCUGUUCGCACCAACUAAUGAGGCCAUCAAGAGGCACGCGACGACGAACGCACUCUGGCUAAGUGCACUGCAGAAUGAGGAGCUGGCACCACGAGACAACAUCCAAGAGAAGCUGCGGCAGGAGCUACUCUACCAUAUGCUCAACUGCACUCUGUCCUCCUUGCCUGAGAACGAGGAUCCCAGUGUGCUGAAGACCAUGCACUUCCCACGGAAACCUACCGAACCGCCUUCCCAAGACCCUCCGCCAUAUCCUCCAUGGAUGCCGGUACCUGGUGGCACACUUGGUGGUGAGCCGCAGCGCCUACGAGCUGCUUCGAGAAAUGCUGCUGCGCGGGUCGGGGUGGACGCUUUUGGUAAAGGGGGUGCAACAGUGACCAAGGAGCUCGUGCAGGCGUCGAACGGACUGCUCAUUGGAAUAGAUAAUGUGCUGGAGGUCCCACCAGACCUAGGUACGCAUUCGAGCAUCAAUAGCGAAGCAAUGCACACUUACUGGGAGCUACUAGCUACCGUCAUCCUGCAUCACCCGUCACUAUCGUACCUUCAGAAUAUACUCACUCCUGAGCUGGUCGAGUUCCUCAACUCUACUUCAGACAUGACACUCUUUCUCCCGGUAGACAAGGCAUGGGAGGCUUUGCCAUAUUACGAACGGUUAUACCUCGAAAGCAAAUAUGCCACGGACGAUCUGACUCGUAUAGUGAACAUGCUCGCAGUCGAGAAGAAGGCGAAACAAGUUCACUAUUCCGAAUCUUUCUCCUCUUCUCCGGAGUUUACAACAAUUGACGGUCAGGUACUAAAGGUCCAUCACUCGGAAGAAGAUGGAAAGACGAACAUAUCGUUUGCGGAGCUCGUGGAGCCGGACAUCUAUGCAUCGAACGGUGUGGUUCACACUGUUUCCGAGCUUCUCGUCCCGCCGGAAGCGCUUCAACUCAAUCCUGAGAAAUUCCUCCUGGUCUUGAACUGCACAUCUUUCGUCUCUCUCCUUCACACCGUUAAUCUCACCUCGCUAAUCAAUGACACGGACGCUCACUGGACUAUUCUCGCUCCCCGAGAUGAUGUUCUCGAUAUUCUUGGGGACAAUGGCCUUCCCGCUCCUGGUAGUGAGGAACUGAGGAAGAUGCUACAGUACCAUUUUAUUCCGGGAAAGAAGGCAUCGAAGAAGCUGAAGAGCGGCAUGCUCCUAGAGACUGCGCUUGAGGAACCAGGCCUAGAUGGCGGUCGGCAGGUCUUGAGUGUGGACGUGAGCGAAAGUGUUCGCGAGAAGUCGUCCAUCACGUUCGGUGGCGCGAGCAUCAUUGGCGAACCAGUGGAAAUCAAUAAUACCUUGAUUUAUUUCAUUGCGCGACCGCUCACGCCACCUGUAGACCCGUUGGCCACCGCGGUUCCCAUGCUCGAUUACUCCACCUUCCUUACUGCGAUUUUCUCAACCAGCUUGGCCGACAAGCUAAGGAACACCUCUCGCACGACCUUCCUCAUGCCAUACAACGACGCCUUCCAGAGACUAGGCAUGCUCGUUACUACCCACCUCCUCGCGGCAUCCUCCAAAUCUGACUUGGAAAGCGUCAUCCGACACCACGUUAUCAGUGGCGUGGAAUAUGCUGGAGGUCUGGUCAAUGGUUCGCAGCGGACGUACGCCACCCUUGAGGGUUCAGAUCUGCACGUUCAGCGCAAGAAAGCCAAAGACAAUUCCACCAUCUUGCUAAGUGCAAGUGGCGGCUGGGCCGACAUGCAUUCCGUGCUCUAUCCCAGGGACGCUCUCACGGAGACUGGAGUUAUACACGAAGUCUCGGAGGUCAUGAUCCCACGCUCCAUCAACCUCACGAUAGGCAAACUCAUGCGCGCCGCGAAGGGGACGAACAUGAUUUCGCUUGUGACUAAGGCGGGUCUCGAGUGGAUAUUGAACGGCACUUCUCCUCCGGAGGGAACCCCUUGGGCGGAUAUGGGUCUAGACGGCGCGGGAUGGACCGUACUUUGUCCACCGGACGAAGCAUUUAAAGGUCUCAACCUGACAGAACUCUAUGAGGACCCUGAGAAGACUCUGGAUGUAGUCCUCCAACAUGUCAUCCCUGUCCAACGACCCUCACGGUCGCCCCCAGACGACACCUCACUCGCUGCGACAGUCAACGAGAACCGACCCCUUGUCAUGGACGACUCGACCUCGUACACGACCCUCCUGACCAGCACGACGGAGUCGCUUUAUUCGGACGUUGUCUUCCGCGUCCUCGAAGGUGGGAACACUGUCGUAGGAAUCAAGGGUGCGAGGGGGGCCGAUGGCAAGAACGACUGGGCCCGUGUCACCGCGUGGGGUCGGGCGACGACAGGUGGCGGAACAGGCGGUGUUGUGCAGAUUGACACAUUGCUUCUGCCGUACUACCCGUCGCCAUGGGUCAAGUACGGGGGGCCUGUUGCGAUUGCGUUUGUCGGAACGCUGCUCAACUUCGCGUUCUUCUACGCUGUCUGGAAGUUCUGGCAGAGAGACACCACAGAAGCCACGUACGAGCCGAUAGGUGGUUUCGCCCAGAGCCAAGAGGACGAAGAGCAAUAG